UAAUACAUUAAUCAAAUUCAAAACAAAAAUAAAUAUCUUGCACACGUGUGGGGGGGAAAGCAAAGCCCUCCGUUUGCUUUCAGGUCCUCUCGUCCCGCUUCGCCGUUCUUUCGGACAAAGAGAGCUAGAGACCGACUCUUGUCUCAUUCUUCACUCUCUUUCGGACACGGACACUCGAAAGGCUCUUCCUUUAUUUUCUCCGACACAAACCCCCCAGAACUGCCUUUGAAAAUUCGGAUGCAAAAUUGAAACAGGUUAGGAGAGUAAUGGGUUACAUAGGAGCACAUGGUGUAGCAGCUCUUCAUAGGUACAAAUACAGUGGAGUGGAUCACUCUUAUCUUGCUAAAUACCUUCUCAACCCUUUUUGGACUCGUUUUGUCAAAGUCUUCCCUCUAUGGAUGCCACCAAACAUGAUAACGCUUAUGGGGUUCAUGUUUCUAGUCACAUCUUCACUCCUAGGAUACAUAUAUUCACCUCAGUUGGAUUCUCCACCUCCACGUUGGGUGCACUUCGCACAUGGUUUGCUUCUUUUCUUGUAUCAGACAUUUGAUGCGGUUGAUGGGAAGCAAGCAAGAAGAACGAACUCCUCUAGCCCCCUAGGAGAGCUUUUUGAUCAUGGUUGUGACGCACUUGCUUGUGCGUUUGAAGCCAUGGCGUUUGGAAGCACUGCAAUGUGUGGAAGAGAUACUUUCUGGUUCUGGGUUAUUUCAGCUAUUCCCUUCUAUGGAGCUACAUGGGAACAUUAUUUCACCAACACACUUAUUCUUCCGGUCAUUAAUGGACCUACAGAGGGUCUUGCACUUAUAUAUGUCAGCCACUUCUUCACAGCCCUUGUCGGUGCUGAAUGGUGGGCUCAGCAGUUAGGGGAGUCCAUACCCUUGUUUAGUUGGGUGCCAUUUGUGAAUGCCAUCCAAACUUCAAGAGCAGUACUAUACAUGAUGAUCGCUUUUGCUGUUAUACCAACCGUUGCAUUCAAUGUGUCAAAUGUCUAUAAAGUUGUUCAAUCAAGAAAAGGGAGCAUGGUGCUAGCAUUAGCUAUGCUGUAUCCUUUCGUGGUUCUUCUUGGAGGUGUUUUGAUAUGGGAUUACUUGUCUCCAAUCAAUCUCAUAGCAACAUACCCUCACUUAGUUGUACUUGGAACUGGACUUGCCUUUGGAUUUCUAGUGGGAAGAAUGAUUCUUGCUCAUUUAUGUGAUGAGCCUAAAGGAUUGAAAACAAACAUGUGCUUGUCUCUAGUCUAUCUUCCUUUUGCACUUGCAAACGCUCUAACCGCAAGAUUGAAUGCUGGGGUUCCUCUAGUCGACGAGUUAUGGGUUCUUCUUGGCUACUGCAUAUUCACAGUGUCGUUAUACUUGCACUUUGCCACAUCGGUCAUACAUGAGAUCACUGCGGCUCUUGGAAUCUACUGCUUCAGGAUCACGAAGAAGCUUGAAAAGAAACCCUGAGGGUAAUGUUAAUUGUUUUGUGUGGACCGUUUGAUCAAUACGGAGAAUGAUCAAUAUGGACCUCCUCCCUGGAUCGGUGAUGUAUUUCUUCUUACUCAUCUUGUGUUUGUUUGAUCAGAAUAGAUAAAUUUAUGUAGAAAACUUUGUGUAAGGUUUUUAUCUUUGAAUUUAUUUUUGGAAAAAAUACAAAAAAUUAUUAAUAUUAUCUUCUUAACUGCUA